AUGGUAUUUAUCCACCUCUUUUUAUUGUCCUUCUGGCAUACUCACUUGGUGGAACAGCUAUCAGUGUCUUCCUUGGGAGGGCAGUCGGAGAUAGGUUUCCUUUUGAAAAAAGAAGCCGAUUUUCGUUAUGGACUAGUGCGGGUUAGAGAAAACGCGGAAUCAAUUGCAUUUUAUGGUGGUGAGGAAAAUGAGAUGCAACUUCUGCUGCAGCGGUUCAGAAGUGCAUUUGAAAAUCUCACUAAAAUGUUGAUAUCUUCAAGAAAUCUGGUGUUCUUCACCAAUGGCUACAGAUUCUUCCUGCUGCAGUUGUUGCGCCCAUGUAUUUCUCUGGAAAAAUUGAAUUUGGAGUCAUCAGCUACCAGUGCAUUUUCUGCUGUCAUUGACCGACUAGGUGAGUGUGAUGAUGAAUUAAAUAGUGACUCCAGAAGUGAUGUUGAAUCCAUUGAAGAAAUAAAGCGUGAAUUUUGCGGGACUUGUCAUUGGAUAUCUGUGAGAAAGAUCACCUGCUGGUGUAUAGGUGCAUUAACAGGGACACUUCGUCAACAAUUGCUUUAUCCUACUUGGAGUGAAUAUCCAACUUUCGUGUCAGAUAGUAAUAAACCAACUGGGUCACUGCCUUUUGAAUCAAAUAAAGCACAGACGGGAUACAAGGCCAUUGAAGCCAACAACUAA